GCUGGGCGGGGCUUGACAUGCCCCACUUCCCGCGGCCGCUGUUCACCUCCGGGUGCUGAUCCGGUAGACGCACCCUCCUUCUCGCUGAUCUGCCCCCGGCUCCUGGCAGAGAGUCGCCGUCUCGCCCGGGCUUCCAGGAAGGGACGAGGAGUGGUGCCAAGGCGGCGGGCCGGCUAUGCCUCCAGCCGCUACGAUUCUCGCCGGCGACCGCGCGCCUGCGGCCUCGGGGACGCAGCGGGGCCCCGGGGAGGCCGCGCUUUGAGGUCCCCGGGGCCUAGCGCCCGCCGCGAUCGCGCCGUAGAACCCCGGGGCCGGCGCUCUCCCGUCUUCCGUCUCCCUCGCACUCUGACGGCCAGCGUCGCCUCACUUCCUCCGCCGCCGCCCGCCAUGGCCUCCGCCGCCCGGGAGGGCGCGGGCUCGGGGCGCAGGCGCCCGCCGCCGCGUUGGGCACUGCCCGGCCUGUUGCUGCUGUGCUUGUGGCUGCCCGGUGGUCGCGCGGCCGGCUCGCCCUCCGCGCCGCUGUCCGAGCUGCAUGCGCAGCUCUCGGGGGUGGAGCAGCUGCUGGAGGAGUUCCCCCGACAGCUGCAGCAGGAAAGGCCGCAGGAGGAGCUGGAACUCGAGCUGCGCGCGGGCGGCGACCCCCAGGAAGGCUGCCCGGGCCCCGGGGGCGGCGGCUACAGGGCCAGGCCCGACGCCAUCAUCCGCACCAAGGACUCGAUCGCGGCCGGCGCCAGCUUCUUGAGCGCGCCGGCGGCCGUGAGGGACUGGCGGCAGUGCCUGCAGGCUUGCUGCCUCGAGCCACACUGCUCCGUGGCCGUGGUGGAGCUGCCCCGGCGGCCCGCGGCCCCAGCCGCCGCGCUCGGCUGCUACCUCUUCAACUGCACCUGGCGCGGCCGCAGCGUCUGCAAGUUUGCGCUGCAUCGAGGUUACAGCAGCUACAGCCUCAGCCGCGCCCCAGAGGGCGAGCAGGAAGGCCUGCAAGCCGGUGCCCCGGCCCUUGCCCGGGCCUCGCCUCGCCUGGAAAAGGACGAGCCUCCACUCAGCAAGGCUGGACAGGAUGUGGUUUUGCAUCUGCCCACAGAUGGCAUGAUUCUGGAUGGCCGAGAAAGCACAGAUGACCACGCCAUCGUCCAGUAUGAGUGAACACUGCUGCAAGGUGACCCGACAGUGGACAUGAAGGUAAUUCAUGUUGUAAUUGUAAAGAAAACUAAUGUUUCAGCAAAGUGAUCUUUCUGCUUAUGUUCCCCGAAUGUCUGUAAAUUGGCAGAAGUGUAAAAUGGAGAAAGCAUAAAAAUGAUUGUUGAAAAGGUGUCUUAUUAUAUGUAUUUACCUUUCUUCUGAGUAAACAGUGAUCCUGACCAUG